AUGUCAGACUCUGAUAGUGAGUUAGAAACCCGUGUUUUAGAAGAUAACCACGGAGGGAGAAUAAACGUGGGUGGAGAGAGUAAAUUAGUUUUAGAUAAAGAAGGCAUACAAAGGAAAAUCGCAGCUUUGGAUUAUAAAACUCAAUUAGGGAUGAAUACUGUACCUUUUAUUGAAACUUUGGCUCUUGUAGAUAAAGAAGGAAGUAAAGAAAAGAUAGAUUUUAAAGAUAGUACAAAAAGAGAAUCAUAUUUUUACUCUAAUACAUUGAGAAACGUGAAUAGAGGCUGUAAGAUUCUAGCAAGUAUGAAUGUAAAAUGGAAUAGACCUGAUGAUAUGUUGGCUGAAAUGCUCAAAACUGAUCAACAUAUGAAGAAAAUUAAGAUGGAUUUACUUAAACAAGAACAAAAAAUUAAGGCAGUUGAACUUAAAAAGCAAAAAUAUGUAGAGAAGAAGUUCAAUAAAAAGAUUCAAGUUGAAAAAAAGAAACUUAGGAAGCAGGAAACUAAGAAGAACUUGAGGGAGAUUGAGAAUUGGAAAAAGAGUGAUCAUAAAAACAGUGCUUCUAUAGAGGAAUCUUUUGAUAAAUACUUUUCUAAAAAUACAAAGCAAUCCAAUCUUAACAAGAAUAAAAAAACAUCUAAGCAGAGUAUCAAGACAGUUAAUACUAUGAAAGCUAUGAAUUCCAAUAAAUCCACCAAAAGAGGGAGGAAAUGA